CAGGAAACCCCCUAUAAGCUUUCCAAGUUUCUAUAGCAUUGGGGAGAAGGGUUAACCUAUAAAACGUGUGUUGCUUGCUUGUGGAGUAUAACAGCCGCAGUUUAUCGUUGAAAAGAAAAGCUUCCUCUCCUAUCCUCGGCUUAUUGAACCUCUGUAUUUCACGCACACUUUCUGUAAUCUAGGGUUCCCGAACCUUCUUGCGUUCUCCAUAUCUUCUUCCCAAAUACGCAGGGCAGCAGCGUACGACCAAUUCGAUCCUCCAUUCUCCGCGUAUGGGGGCUCAGAUGGACAAUCAGGCCGCCACGAGUUGCUUCGCCUGCAACCCUGACCAGGAGAAGGAGAUCGUAAAGCAAUUGUCAGAGGAAGCUGAACUCUCUUUCAAGGAAGGCGAUUUGUUCUUUGUCAUCUCCGCAAGGUGGUUCUCGGGAUGGGAGAGAUAUGUCGGUCAAAGUGGCGAUGACUGCUUAUCUGAGUGGCAGCCAUCUGAUUCUGAUGACUCCACUUCCAAGCCUGCCAAUAGACCUGGUCCAAUUGAUAAUUCGGAGUUAAUUGAGAAUGAAAUUCAAUCGGAGGGUGGUGAUCAGGACAUGGUUAGAACCUUGCUUGAAGGCAAAGACUACGUUUUGGUUUCUGAGAAAGUUUGGGCAAAGCUUGUGCAGUGGUACAAGGGAGGUCCAGCAUUGCCGAGGAAGGUGAUUUCACAGGGUGUUUUCAAUAAAAAACAACUCAAUGUUGAGGUCUAUCCACUUCGUCUGAAGUUGAUUGAUUCUAGAGAUGACAGCAUGUACACAAUCAGGUUUAGCAAAAAGGCUUCUUCACAUGAGUUGUAUGAGAAAGUUUCUGCACUUAGAGGAGUAGAGCGUGAAAAGUGCCUGAUUUGGGACUACUUCAACAAACGAAGGCAUUCAAGACUGCUUUAUUCCAGUCAUACCCUUGAGGAAUUAAACUUGCAGAUGGACCAAGAGAUUCUUCUCGAGCUACAAGUAGAUCGAUCAUACGCUUCCCAACCUGGCAAAGAUUCAACUGGGAAUGAAUUAGCUGUGGUACCCAUGGAGCCACAGAGGUCCCACCAGUCAAUUGCUGGGGGUUCGAGUGUCUCAAAUGGCCACUCAACCUCAUAUAGCCUCAACAUCAAACCAGGCAAUGCAAACUCCACCUUUAAUGAUGCAGAUGAGGGUUUUGGUGGUCAGAGUUCUUCUAGAAAGGGAGAGAAGGGAGGUUUGGCAGGAUUGCAGAAUUUGGGGAAUACUUGUUUCAUGAAUAGUGCUUUACAGUGCUUGGUCCACACCCCACCUCUUGUUGAUUACUUUCUGCAGGAUUAUACUGCAGAGAUCAAUAAAGAAAAUCCAUUAGGAAUGCAUGGUGAGCUUGCACUUGCAUUUGGUGAGCUGUUGAGGAAAUUGUGGUCGUCAGGGCGGACCACAAUUGCACCACGUGCUUUUAAAGGGAAACUAGCACUAUUUGCUCCACAAUUUAGUGGAUAUAAUCAGCAUGAUUCCCAAGAGCUUCUUGCUUUUUUAUUGGAUGGCCUACAUGAAGAUUUGAAUCGUGUGAAACGGAAGCCUUACAUUGAAAUGAAGGACAGGAGUGGUCAUCCUGAUGAGGAAGUUGCCAAUGAGAGUUGGCAGUAUCACAAGGCCCGGAAUGAUUCUGUGAUUGUCGACGUCUGCCAAGGUCAAUACAAGUCAACAUUGGUCUGCCCAGAUUGCAGCAAAGUCUCUGUUACUUUUGAUCCCCUCAUGUACUUGUCAUUACCAUUACCUUCUACAGUCACUCGGUCUAUGACCGUGACAGUAUUUUAUGGGGACGGAAGUGGUCUGCCAAUGCCAUACACGGUGUCAGUUUCAAAACACGGGCAGUGUAGGGAUCUUCUCCAGUCACUGGCUGCCGCAUGUUGUUUGAGAACUGAUGAAAGCCUUCUGUUAGCAGAAGUCUAUAAACACGAGAUUUAUCGUUUCUUCGAAAAUCCCUCGCUACUGUUGACUUCGAUAAAAGACGAAGAGCAUCUUGUGGCUUACCGUUUUCCUGGGAAGGGGACAGGAAAAAAGAAACUAGAGAUUAUUCAUCGAGAUAGUUCUUCAGCGGACUUCCUGAUUGCUGGCAUUCGGAAGAAUUUUGGAGCACCUCUGUUUACUUAUUUGGAAGAAGAUUCACCAACUGGAGCUGAUAUUGAUGUUGUUGUAUCAAGAUUACUUGCACCCUUAAGAAGAACCAGUUCUUCUAUGAUUGCUUACAAUAAUGGUGAAAUGUCUACUGGAUGCUCAGCUGAGUGUGAACCAAAGGAUCAUCCAAUGGAUGAUGAUGUUAAGGAGGAAAAUGGAGCCAGCCAAAAACUGACAAACCAGCUCUUCUUAUAUGAAGAUCAAAGCUUAAUUGGGGAGCCUAUAUUUAGGGACACUGUCAUCAAAACUGGAAACCACAACAAGAUUUUCCUAGACUGGAGUGAAGAAGAACAUAGGUUGUAUGAUUCUAGUUACCUUAAGGAUCUUCCUGAUGUAUAUCAUAAGACUGGAUUUAGUGCAAAGAAGACCCGACAGGAAGCCAUCUCUUUGUUUUCAUGCUUGGAGGCAUUCUUAAGGGAAGAACCUCUAGGGCCUGAUGACAUGUGGUAUUGCCCCAAUUGUAAAGAGCAUCGUCAAGCUACCAAGAAACUGGACUUGUGGAUGUUGCCAGAGAUUCUUGUUGUUCACAUGAAACGGUUCUCGUAUAGUAGAUGGUUGAAGAACAAGCUGGAUAGUUUUGUGGAUUUCCCGAUUCAUGAUCUUGAUUUGAGCAAAUAUGUGAAGAAGAAAGAUGGGAACUCAUGUACAUAUGAGCUUUAUGCCAUCAGCAACCAUUAUGGUGGCCUAGGUGGCGGACAUUACACAGCAUAUGCCAAGCUUACUGAUGAGGACAGAUGGUAUAGUUUUGACGACAGCAGGGUAUCUCCAGUUAAUGAGGCAGACAUCAAGACUUCGGCUGCAUACGUGUUAUUCUACAGAAGAGUGAAACCUCAAGAUCAGCGGGAAGCAUCAUAAGGAUUGUUGCAGUUUCUUAAAGGUCAGGAUCAAUACCACCAUAGCCUGAACCUUUUCUUACCUAUCCAGGGAAGAUAAUUCUUAAGAACGAUGGCCUUUCCUCUCUGGUGGAGAGGUUGUUUUGAUUGGAUGAUACUAAGCAGCUGCCGUCGUAUAAUAGAAAGGAAGGAGGCGUUGGGUUAGCUAUGUUGUAGCCUUUUGCUUUUGUGUGUUUUUCUUCUUCUUAUCUUUGCAUUAGUCUUUACUCUUUACGGUUAGAAAUCCAGAGACGAGUUUGUGGGCAGGCAGAGGCAGGUAUACUUAGCUGUAGCUACGGAAAUAGUAAAGUACGAUAGGAGGGUUAUUUCUUUCUGCCUUGUCAUGGGGUUUUGAGGAAGACGUAAAGAUGAUGGUAGAUGGGGAGGGCUGUAGUGACUCAUGAACAUGAUGUCUCCAUUUUUUCAACUAAGUUUAUAAUUAUUACCAAGAUUUAUUAUCACUGUGCCUUCCUUGCUUAAAUUAUGUUCACUACUGCAUUGUUCUUACUUCUUAUAGCUAAUUAGCAUCAACGGU